AUGUCUAGCUUCUUCAUCGAGAACAAGAAUGUUGGCAACAAGGCCGAGAGUGAAGAUUGGCGAAUUCGCGGCUACAAUCCUCUGACUCCUCCCGACCUGCUUCAGCACGAAAUCGCACAAACUGCCAAGUCGAAGCAGACCGUGAUCGAGGGCCGCGAGGAGGCCGUCGCCAUUGUCAACGGUACCGACGAGAAGCAAAGACUCUUGGUCAUUAUUGGUCCUUGCUCGAUUCACGACCCCAAGGCCGCCCUCGAGUACUGCGACUUGCUGCUGCAAGCUAAGGAGAAGCACAAGGAUGAGCUGCUCAUUGUCAUGCGCUCCUACCUGGAGAAGCCACGCACAACAGUGGGAUGGAAGGGACUGAUCAACGACCCGGAUAUCGACAACAGCUUCAAGAUUAACAAGGGCCUGCGCCUGUCAAGACAGCUCUUCGUCGACCUUACCGACAAGGGCAUGCCCAUUGCCAGCGAGAUGCUCGAUACCAUCUCGCCUCAGUUCCUUGCCGAUUUGCUGUCCGUUGGCGCGGUCGGUGCGAGAACCACCGAGAGUCAGCUUCACCGAGAGCUGGCCAGCGGUCUCAGUUUCCCUGUUGGUUUCAAGAACGGUACCGACGGCUCCCUCGGGGUCUCCAUUGACGCCAUCGGCGCUGUCAGACACCCUCAUCACUUCCUCUCCGUCACCAAGCCUGGUGUUGUUGCCAUCGUUGGCACCGUGGGCAAUGAGGACUGUUUCACCAUUCUGAGAGGUGGUACUCGGGGCACCAACUACGAUGCCAAGAGCAUUGCAGAGGCGAAGGCUGCAUUGGAGAAGGCCGGCCUGCCCCAGAGACUCAUGGUUGAUUGCAGCCAUGGCAACUCGCUCAAGAACCACAAGAACCAGCCCAAGGUUGCCGCUGACCUCGCUGGCCAGAUCGCCGGCGGCGAAGCUGCCAUCAUGGGUGUCAUGAUUGAAAGCAAUAUCAACGAGGGUAACCAGAAGGUACCCAAGGAGGGCAAGGAGGGUUUGAAAUAUGGUGUCAGUAUCACGGAUGCAUGCAUCCACUGGGACGACACCGUUGCCGUUCUGGACCAACUUGCCGACGCAAUCAAGCAGCGCCGGGAGGUCCUCGGCAGGAAUGGCCAAGCUUAA